AUAGCCGCUCCAGCAAGAAAGGUGAAGUAACAAAUCCAAGUUACUAGAGAUAGUAAGAGAGAGAGAGAGAGAGAGAGAGAACCUGUAUGUAAGAAGUACCAAACGAAAGGAAUAACGAAUAUAAUAUAUAUAUAUAUAUUUGUAGAGAGAGAGAGAGAAGUGGUGAAAUGGCGACCAAAUUUCUGUCACUGGCGUGUAUUCGGGAUGAGAGUCGGAGAGAUCUAUCGCCGAGACCUCACUAUCCGUCGAUGCCGAAGUAUCCGAAAGGCGUGUCGGCGGACGACGAGAAGAAGAUGGAAGGAUCGGAGGUGACGGCGUUGUUCUCCGUCAUCGGAAUGACGUGCUCGGCCUGUGCUGCUUCCGUCGAGAAGUCGGUCAAGCGGCUUCCGGGGAUAAAGCAGGCCGUGGUUGAUGUGUUGAAUAACAGAGCUCAGGUCAUGUUCUAUCCCAGCUAUGUCAAUGAAGAAACAAUCCGUGAGACCAUUGAAGAUGUUGGAUUUCAGGCAACAUUGAUUAAAGAAGACAUGAAUGAGAAAUCUACAUGCCGAAUCAGCAUAACAGGGAUGACUUGCACUUCUUGCUCCACAACUGUUGAAUCUGCUUUGCAGGGAAUUCCUGGCGUACAAAAAGCCCGAGUUGCAUUGGCAACUGAAGAAGCAGAAAUUAGUUUUGAUCCAAAGAUGGUGAAUUACAAUAAGCUUUUGGAAGCCAUAGAAGAUACUGGAUUUGGUGCCAUACUGAUUAGCACUGGGGAAGAUAGGAACAAAAUACACUUAAAAAUUGAUGGAGUACGGACUGAUCAUUCCAUGAGAAUAAUUGAAAAUUCUCUUCAAGCACUUCCAGGAGUUCAAGAUAUAGACAUUGAUCAUGAGCUUAAAAAGUUCUCCAUUUCUUAUAAACCAGAAGUUACAGGACCUAGAAAUUUUAUUCAGGUGGUUGAUAGAACUGGAUCUGGGCGUUACUCGGCAGCUAUAUAUCCUGAAGGAGGAGGAAAAGAAUCCCGUGGACAGCAAGAAAUUAAGCAAUACUACAUGUCCUUUCUUUGGAGUUUGGUUUUCACAGUUCCAGUUUUUUUAGCCUCUAUGGUCUUUCAUAUGUAUCUGAAAACAAAAGUUGUCAAUAUGCUGACGGAUGGAGAGAUUAUAAGGUGGGUGCUAUCCACUCCAGUACAGUUCAUUAUUGGAAGACGAUUCUACACUGGUUCAUACAAAGCACUGCGCCAUGGCUCUGCUAAUAUGGAUGUUUUAAUCGCUUUGGGAACAAAUGCAGCCUACUUCUAUUCAGUUUAUUCCGUGUUAAGAGCUGCAACUUCUCCAAAUUUUAAGGGCACAGAUUUCUUUGAGACUAGUGCAAUGCUCAUUUCUUUUAUACUACUUGGCAAGUAUUUGGAGGUUUUGGCCAAGGGAAAGACAUCAGCGGCAAUUGCCAAGCUUAUGGACUUGGCUCCGGAGACAGCAACACUCUUAACUCUCAAUGAUGAAGGAAAUGUGAUAAGUGAAGAAGAAAUAGAUAGUCGGUUGAUACAAAAAAAUGAUGUGAUUAAAAUUAUUCCUGGUGCAAAAGUAGCUUCAGAUGGUUUUGUCAUUUGGGGGCAAAGCCAUGUAAAUGAGAGCAUGAUAACUGGGGAAGCCAGACCAGUGGCAAAGAGAAAGGGUGAUGCAGUGAUUGGAGGCACUGUAAACGAGAACGGGGUAUUACAUAUUAAGGCAACACGCGUUGGAUCAGAGAGUGCUCUGGCACAGAUUGUUCGGCUUGUUGAAUCAGCACAGAUGGCUAAAGCUCCCGUGCAAAAAUUUGCUGAUCAAAUCUCCAAAUAUUUUGUUCCUCUGGUUAUAACUCUCUCGCUUUCCACAUGGCUCGCCUGGUUUUUAGCUGGAAAGUUCAAUGCCUACCCAAAAUCCUGGAUACCUUCUUCCAUGGACAGUUUUCAGCUUGCACUCCAGUUUGGCAUCUCUGUCAUGGUCAUAGCCUGCCCAUGUGCUCUUGGCCUCGCCACUCCUACUGCUGUCAUGGUUGGCACUGGAGUGGGUGCUACUCAAGGUGUUCUUAUCAAAGGAGGUCAGGCACUAGAAAGUGCUCAUAAGGUGAAUUGCAUUAUAUUUGACAAGACUGGGACUCUGACAAUUGGCAAGCCAGUGGUUGUUAACACAAGGCUCUUGAAAAAUAUGGUACUUCGAGACUUCUAUGAACUGGUCUCUGCAGCUGAGGUAAACAGUGAGCAUCCCUUGGCUAAGGCUGUUGUUGAGUAUGGCAAGAAAUUUAAAGAUGAAGAGAAUCCUGUCUGGCCAGAAGCUCGAGACUUUGAAUCCAUAACUGGUCACGGUGUUAAGGCUGUUGUUCGGAACAAGGAAAUACUAGUGGGAAACAAGAGCAUGAUGUUGAACCACAACAUUGCCAUUCCAAUUGAUGCUGAAGAAAUGCUUGCAGAAACUGAAGAGUCAGCUCAGACAGGAAUUCUUGUAGCUAUAGAUGGGGAAUUGACAGGAGUUGUAGCCAUUUCUGAUCCAUUGAAGCCUACUGCUCAGGAAGUCAUUUCCAUUCUCAAGUCUAUGAAAAUCAAGAGCAUAAUGGUGACAGGUGACAAUUGGGGAACUGCAAAUUCCAUUGCCAAGGAAGUUGGAAUUGACACUGUCAUUGCACAAGCCAAGCCUGAAGAUAAAGCAGCGAAAGUGAAGGAAUUUCAGGCAGCAGGCGAUAUUGUGGCAAUGGUAGGAGAUGGGAUUAAUGACUCGCCAGCACUCGUGGCUGCAGACGUUGGAAUGGCAAUUGGUGCGGGCACAGACAUUGCCAUUGAAGCAGCUGACAUUGUUCUCAUGAAGAGCAAUUUGGAGGAUGUGAUAACUGCCAUCGACCUCUCGAGGAAAACCUUUUCCAGGAUCCGUUUGAACUACAUUUGGGCAUUGGGUUAUAACAUCCUUGGCAUCCCCAUUGCUGCUGGGGCUCUCUUCCCAUCAACCGGCUUACGAUUACCCCCAUGGAUUGCUGGAGCUGCAAUGGCAGCCUCUUCAGUUAGUGUUGUGUGCUGUUCUCUCUUGUUGAAGAAUUACAGAAGACCCAAGAAGCUGGAGAAGCUUGAGAUAAGAGGAAUAACAGUUGAGUGAAUGAUUGUUGUGUCUUAUCUCAAAGUUGUCCAGCCGAAUGAUUGUGAUUGUUAAAAUUCAGCAUUUUGUAGAUCCAUGUAGUACUAAAGUUUGUCUAUGAUCAAGUAAUAGGUCAAUGAAUAUUGUAUAAAAGGGGUGUUGUUUGCUUUCUACUUAUGUAUAUAUAAUUGUUUUGAUCUUUA